CCCCACUUCUGUUCUUCACACAACAGGGUUUCAAGACUCUUCAUCACUCUGUUCAUCCUCUAAAUGUGCUCCAGUCUGGAUAUUUUAGCUCUUGCACAGUGGGCCCUAGCCCUCCAGGAACUCAGACAUGACCAGGAAGAUCUUCACGAAUACCAGGGAGCGGUGGAGGCAGCAGAAUGUCAACAGUGCCUUUGCCAAGCUGAGGAAGCUCAUCCCCACUCACCCUCCAGACAAAAAGCUGAGCAAAAAUGAAACGCUUCGCCUGGCGAUGAGGUAUAUUAACUUCUUGGUCAAGGUCUUGGGAGAGCAGAGCCUGCAGCAAACGGGAGUGGCUGCUCAGGGAAACAUUCUGGGACUCUUCCCCCAAGGACCCCACCUGCCGAACAGGACUCUACUUGGUGACUACCAGGUUCCUUCACCUGGCCCAAGCCACCACAUUCCAUAGUGUGGCUCUGGCUGUCACCACCCAGGGCAGCACUUGUUCAGAAGUCACUGGCUGUCAGCAGCCCUUUGUAUGUUCCAGAGUCAACUUGAUGAAUAAUUUGUGAGGUGUGAAUUUAAGCUUCCUAGGAGGUGGCUCACGUUCAGCUGCAGGGAGCCAAAAGGAGGCCAUGAGGAAGGUGACUUAGGAGUCCCACCGCCUGGGGCUUCAGGCAGAGCAGCCUGUGUCUCUCUGUUUUAUAUAUCCGGAUCUGCAUAAGAUGUUUGAAAAAAAAAUCAUAGGUUAAAAACAGGUUUGAAAAUCAUUGUUUUACUCAAUAUGUUUCCAGUUAUACGAAAGUUUUCUCAGGGGCUGGCCCGGUGGCGCAAGCGGUUAAGUGCGUGUGCUCCGCUGCGGUGGCCCAGGGUUCGCUGGUUCGGAUCCUGGGCGCGCACCGAUGCACCGCUUGG